UCGUUCCCCCUCUGGGAAAAGCAAGGAGAUCCACGGUUUCAGUUUGUGUCCGUGGUUUGAUCAUGUUGGGCAGAAAGCCCCGGUCUGUGGCGAACCCCCUGGAGUCUGCGAUCACCACACCGAGUGAGAGGAUCCUGAAGGAGUGUCACAGUCUGUAUGUAGACGACGAAAACGGUCUGGUGAAAAUUGCCAGCAGCCUUGACGUCCGGCUUCUGCCUCCAAGAAAGAAGAUCAUUGUGAUGAUCAUGGGGAACCACUCUGCUGGAAAAAGCUCCUUCAUCAACUGGUACGUCGAAGAGCACAUUCAGAAAACCGGCGUGGCCAUUGAAACUCAGGGCUUUACCUUCAUCACAAGCGGUCGCAAGAGAGAGUCAUUGACGGGAAAUGCAACAUUACAUCUUUAUCCUCACUUUCGACCUUUCCUUCAGUUUAAAGGUCUGAUGGACUAUCUGUCUGCUGAGAUCUCCACCUCAAAGCAGAAGAAAUUCAGCCUAGUGACAUUCGUGGACACUCCUGGUUUGGUAGACGGGGACAUGAUCUACCCUUUUGAUGUCAACAGCGCCAUCACCUGGUUAGGAGAGCAGGCGGACCUGAUAUUCGUCUUCUUUGACCCGAUGGGUCAGGCGCUGUGCAAACGGACGCUCAACAUCGUGGAGAAGCUGAGUGAAAAAUGCGGAGACAAGCUGUUGUUUUAUCUCAGCAAAGCAGAUGAGGCUGGGAAGGAAACGGACAGACAGAGAGUAAUGAUGCAGAUUGUCCAGGAGCUGUGCCGCCGUCCAGGCCUCAACAAAUGUGGUUUUGAGAUGCCGACAAUAUACAUCCCCAACCCACAGAGGCCGAGCAGGUGUGUGAACCAGAUUGACAGCGUUUGCCAAACGAUUGAGAAGACCAUCAACCAGGCUGUUCAGAAGACUUUGGAUCAGCUGGAGAAAGACUCUGACCUCAUUUGUUCAACCAUCAGCAACAAACUUGAGCAGGACAGGGCCGACGUGGCUUACAACAGAAGUGUCCGUCUUCACUCAGUACUUUGUGGGGCUUUGGGCGUUUUCCUUCCUUUCCUCUUCAUUCUUAGUUUUAUUGUAAGCACAUUCUCCAAGGAGCAGCUCGACGAGCUGUUGGGUGAAGGUCCGACUCAGACUGUUAUGGUCUUCACAGAGAUAGUGAUAUAUUUAUGGGAGUGGAUACCAGAAGACAAACAAGUAGUUUUUGUCAUCUCUUUUGGGGCUUUUUGCUACCUCCUGCUAUUCCUGGCAAAAUAUUUUGCAGGCCGAAGGAACAAGACUCUGACGAAGAAGGAGAAGAGGAAGAUGAUGGAGUACAGUGAUUAUAUCCAUGAUAUUGUCAAAACUAAAAAGGCCAGACUGUACGAGUGGUACCUGCAGCAAUGCGCAGCAGAACAGGACCUCUGACACCGCUGGUUUACAUCUGGAUGCUGGUGCUGCCACUGGGAUUUUUUGUUGUUUUUUUGCAAAAAGCCACUCAUCUGAAAUGAGCCUGAGAUUGGUAGUUAGUGUUUAUAGCUGAAUCAACAGGAGUUUAUAGGCAACUAUCACAGAAGGAUCAGGUUAGUCCCAAGUGUAACCUCUAAAUAAAGCAGAGACUACUGCCAACAUCUAUCAUCUCAUCAGCCAAUGUGAAAAAGUGCCUUGUCUUUACUGCACACAGGGAAAAGCUGUGAUUUUUAGCUCUUUGACAAAAGUAAUUUUCAUACUAGGACAAUUUUCCUCCUUUCUUGUAGGUUUUGUGGUAUAAAUGCCUACAGUGCUUAAAAGAUGAAAUGUUUACAAAAAGAUUUUUCUCCAUUUCUCCAACUUGAACCACCAGCAGUUACCUAUGUUUUAUAGCAUGUGGUCUUGUGUUGUCUCGGUCCAAAAUCCAUUACAGAACCACCCCGACUGACACGUUACCUGAAUGGGUUUUUAUGCAUGUAACUGCAUAACUGCAAUAAUCAGUGCCAGGAUUAUACCUGGGCACUAUAGAUAGGUGUGAAGAAGCAGCAAACCUGCAAAAACUCUCCAGCAUCUAGGAAUAUUUUAUGUUUUAUGUAGUUUUAUACAUACAGUAGUAAAUGUGUAGUGAAACUGAGAGAGCAGUACAGUAACUGCACUGAUUUGUAGCUUUUAAUUGAGCGACAGCAUUGAACUCAUGAGUAACCGUUAGCUCCAUGUAAUGCCUUCACUCCAGUGUUUGUGAUUAAUGUAUAUUUAAUAGUGACAGCAGCUGGGGUGCUUUUAUUCUCAGGGGUGCAUUAACCCAAACUAUCAUGCCUCAUUAAAUGUCUGCAUUUUGAUUUUAUUCAUUUAUUUCCUGCUGAUUUGCUUUCAGUCUAAUACAGCAGGCCAAUAUUUUAGUUUCGCACAAUAAUUACUGUGUACAUAAUACCAAGUUAAAAAUGAUCUCAAAGACAGAACUGCAAGGGAUAAAAAAGGGUAUUUAGGGCUAGAUGCAAUUUUUAGAUCCUUUCUGAAUCGUUUUAUUCAUUCUACUGGGUCUAGAUACCUUUAGGAUCAUUUGCAACUACAAAAAGAUACCGCUGGAUGUAAAAUUAAGAUCUGCUGGAUUGCAUUUGGUCUCACAAGUGAACCUAACAAGGCUUAUUUGUGAAAUCUGUGAAAAAAUCCUACUUACAAGAUGAAGUAUCUGAAUGUUAUAUUAAAUUCUUAUAUAUAUCUAUA